CGUGACAGAACCAAUGAAAACUUCUCUAGGGCCACUCAACGUCUUAUGCGUAGGUGUAACCAGUUGAGCGAUCGCUAUAACGCGGAUGUCUACAUCGUAGUUCGGCGAAAUCAUCGACAUUAUGACUAUAACUCUACUAAUGACCCGUUGUUUCCC